GCACUCCCACUCCCACUCCCAGCCCAAAGCAAAGCAAAGCAAAGCAAGGAACCCAAUUAAUUGUCUUCUUCUUCUCAAGCUCAGAACUCUCUCUCUCAAUCUCCAUCAAGCAAUCGAUCAAGAAGAUGAUGAUUCGAAUCCGCAGCAGAGACGGGCUGGAACGCGUCUCUAUCGACAACCCAAACAUCACAAUUUCCCAAUUCAAAACUCUAAUCCAAAACCAACUCCAAAUCCCUAUCCACAACCAAACCCUCUCCACUAACCAAAACCUCCUCCUAGCCAAAUCCCCUCCCGAUCUCCUCCAAUUCACCGACAUGUCAAACCCUAGCACCCUUCUCUCUUCCCUCAACAUCUCUCACGGCUCCAUUAUUUUCUUAGCCUACGAAGGCCACAGAACUAUUGCGGGCCCCGCUGUUCACCCUGCUGGUUCUUUCGGCCGUAAGAUGACAAUGGACGAUCUCAUUGCCAAACAGAUGAGAGUCGGCCGGCAAGAAAAUCCGCACUGCGAUUCGGUGUCGUUUGAUCGCGAUUGCGCUAAUGCGUUCCAGCAUUAUGUUAAUGAAACGCUCGCGUUUGCUGUUAAAAGAGGUGGGUUUAUGUAUGGAACGGUGUCGGAGGAGGGGAAGGUUGAAGUCAAUUUCAUAUACGAGCUGCCGCAGCAGGGGACUGAAGAGAUUUUGAUGCUUUUGAGGGAUUCUGAUGAAGAAAAAAUAGUGGACGCGAUUGCGGCGGGCUUGGGGAUGAGGAGAGUGGGGUUUAUAUUCAAUCAGACUAUAAUGCAUGACAAAAAAGAUUAUACUUUGUCGAAUAGGGAGGUUCUUCAGGCGGCGGAGCUGCACGCUGAGAGUGAGUUGAAGGAGUGGGUUACUGCGGUGGUGAAGUUGGAGGUGAAUGAGGACGGGGGAGCUGAUGUGCACUUCGAGGCGUUUCAGAUGAGUGAUAUGUGUAUUAGGUUGUUUAAAGAAGGAUGGUUCGAGACGGAGAUUGGGGAAGAUGUGGAUCCUAAGUUGUCUAUAAUGAAGAAAGAUGUGGUUGUUGGUAGCAAGGAUGUUAAGGAGGUUGAUAAUGAUUUCUUCUUGGUCGUUAUUAAGAUUCUCGAUCAUCUGCAUGAUUCUUUUAGGGUGGUCUGAGCAUGAUUCUUGCUUCAAAACAAAGAGAAGCAUUUGAAGGGAUGGUUUAGAGACAUAAGUGGUGCCAGAUGAGGGAUUCUGUUUAGAUGUGCUGUCACACAAGCCUUGGAGAGAGAUUGGGUUAGAGUAUGAAGCAGUCUCCUUUGGUUCUUCAAAAAAGUAGUUUUCAAACCUACUUUUCAGACCUUGGAAAUAUUUAUCAGAUUCAAAGUCAUCUAGCAGUUGUAUAAAACAAGUGAUAUACUUUCCAUGGUAUAUUGUUGAUUGUCUUGAGGAAUAUGUGCAGAGAUGGUGUUUCUACAUUACAGUAAUGAGGGAAAAAGCAGCACUUAUCCUGCAGCAUGAAUUACUGUGGGACCAAGCCUCCUAGCAAUACAGCAUUCAUAGGAUGAGAGGGCUAUAUACUACAAGUUGUUUAGUCCCUGACAUGUGUGUGAUAUAAAAAAUGAUUGUCUCAUGCCUGAAAUUUAUUUGAUGCCAUUUAUUCAAUUUCCAUUCUGGAAAUUUAAGUGUACAAAUGGCUCAGAUCCACCAAGAAAACAAAAGGGUCAAUAAUCAGUGGGCCAUUUGUCAGUUCACUGCCCUGUUAUUUGAAACCAGGGGAGGGGACUUGUAUAUCAAAUUCAUGCAACAGUUAAAAGUUUGAACGGUUUAGCAUUUUCUGUUCUGAGUAAGUUCAUUGGUGAUGCUAGAUCAUGCUUGUUGGUUACAUAAUAAUUCUUGAUAUCUCAAGAACUUAUAUUUUUUAGAGCAUGACACGUGCAGAACUGCUUGUUCCUUUUUUAGGUUGAGACAUGAGAAUGAUACUAUUUGUCUUAUGUUAGUAUUGGUUGAUAUUUAAUCUAGAUUGUAUUCUCUUAUUCAUGGAAAAAAAAACUGUGGUUUUGACAGAAAGAUGCAGGGUUAACUAGGGGAAAAUGAAAAUUGAACAGCGUUAAUAUUCAGUGGUAGUUUUGCUUGGAAGCUUUUCAUUCCUUUGAUUCUUUUUUAUCAUGCCAUAAUGAAUUUCUAAGAUACAAACAGCACAAUCCUGGAUAGUAUAUCUUUUCUGCUGCAUCUUGUGGAGAAGUUCAAUGACUUUUCUCGUGGAUUAUUUAAUGCAGGGCCCUCUUUCAACAACCUUCCCCAUUGAGAACAGGAUUACCCAAGUGACAAUGAGAGCAUUGAGGAGUCAUCUGGACCGUGCAAAGAAUCUUCCAUUUGUGAAGAGAAUUUCUGAUUUUCAUCUCUUGCUAUUUCUGGCCAAGUUUCUAGACCUCAAUUCUGAUGUUCCGGCAUUGGCAGAGUGUGUGCUUACACAGACAGCAGUACCAGAAGGUUAUCAGCUCCUAAUUGAGUCCAUGGCUAAUACUUCUUGAUGUUGCUUGAAUGCCCGAUUCUUGGAUCAAUCCAUCUUGUCCCCCGUGGCAAUUUCUGUGCAUCAAGCCCUGGAGCUUUUUAUAUUACUUCUUGGUGUAUCAUAUGGGGCUAAAGGGAGCGUUCUGCCCCAGAAUUUAAGUUAUACAGUGUCUAUACGUUCAGCCAUUUACAUUUAUAAAUUUAAAGUGUCUUUUCAUUUGCUAGUUUGAUAAUACGUGUUUGGUGAAAUGAGGCAGUGACUGUAGUUUGAUUUCUUUUAGUAAUCGAACAUGCUUGAUGUUA